GGUUGGGUGACUAGCUGUCCCUAGUAGCUGCAUUUCUUCACGUCGACAUUUUUGCAACAUCAUGGUUCGUGCGUGGUUUAUGGACGAUUCCAAAGAGGACCAACGUCUUCCACAUCAGCCAGAUCCAAUUCAGGAGGUUCCUGUCGAUUCCCUUAAGAARAUAGGGGUUUUGUACUGGAAGCUUGAUGCUGACAAUUUUGACAAAGAGGGUUUGUUGGACAAGAUCAAGAAAGAGAGAGGCUAUACUUAUGAAGACAAUAUCACAUGCACACCGGAAAAGCUGCCCAACUAUGAAGAAAAGAUCAAGCACUUCUUUGAGGAGCAUCUUCACUCUGAUGAAGAGAUUCGUUUCAUCACUGAUGGCAGUGGAUACUUUGAUGUGAGGGACUUGGAUGACAAAUGGAUUCGCAUUGAGGUUGUUAAAGGCGACUUGAUUAUCUUGCCUGCAGGAAUUUAUCAUCGAUUCACACUUGACACCAAGAAUUACAUCCAAGCCAAGCGGCUUUUUGUUGGUGAGCCUGUCUGGACUCCACAUAAUAGGCCAGCUGAUGACCUACCUUCACGCCAGUCUUACCUCAAGAGCGUCAAGGCCCAUUAGAAACUGCAUAGGCAACAAUUCAUAGUGAGCUGUAGAAGCUUAGAACCUAUAAUUCCAAUCCAUAAAUCUGAAUUACACCAUACAUAUUGACUAUAAGUACUUUUAUAAUACUAAUCACAUGGUUAGUUACAAACAGUCGUAGAAUGAACAGUACUGAGAUCAUGGUAAUUGAUAGUUCAGCUGACAAGGCAGACAUUGUUCAAUGUAUUUAGUUGCGGGAGAAUGCAUUUUAAUAAUAGCAUCAUAGAGACACCUACCAGACCUACCAGUUUCCUCUCUAACCUCAAGAAGAGAAGGAACCUUGAGAAUGAUGGAAACAGGCUUUGAAGAGUCAAAGGCAGUAAAAUACUAGAGUAAAAGUUAAAAUCAAAA